AUGACUGAAGCUCCAAUUGUCAACAACACCCUGACCGUUGAAGCGGUCACUUACUACAAUUAUACCACGCCUUUGGAAAUUGCCAAGAGAGAGAUCAAGGGUCGCUCCGAAUCCUCUUUCCUGGCUCCAACUGAAAUUUUGGUCAAGACAAAAUAUGCUGCCUUGAACCCUGUCGAUGUGUGUUUAUGGCAAUUAUGUCCGACAUGGUUGAAGAGAGGCCAGCCAAAAGGUUUUGGUGGAGACUUCUCUGGUGUUGUCCUGCAAACAGGUUCCGAAGUAAAAUCUUUUAAGGCUGGAGACAAGAUCUAUGGGGAUAUUAUAAGUCCUUACUCUCCUUAUGGAUCCUUCGCAAACUACCAGGUCAUUGAUGUGACCAAACAAACAAAGAUCGCAAAAGUUCCUGAAGGAUUGCCUAUGGAGAAGGCUGCUGGUAUUGUAAUUCCAUUUGCUACCGCAUACGAGCUGAUCACCAGACAUAAGAAUCUGAAAGACGCAAAUGUCCUUGUUCUUGGUGGAGGAACCUCCGUGGGUAUGAUGGGACUUCAGAUCGUCAGACAUCUGGGUGCCAAGUACAUUCUCACCACCUGCUCUUCGAAGUCCAACAGUAUUGCUUACGAUUUUGGUGCUCACGAAACAGUGGACUACCAUGACAAGGAAGCAGAGUACAAGCAGAUUGUCGAAGCCGCUAAGAAACACGGAAAGUUCGAUCUUAUCUUCGAUACCUGCAGAGACGAGGUUCUGGUUGGACGUCUGAAGGACGUCCUGAAGACCAAGAGAGAAGGUGGAAAGUACAUUCAGGUUAUGGGAAGCAAUACCAUGACUUACGGAACAGUCAGGUACACAGAUAUGUUGCCAUCCAGAGGAAAUCUGAGAGAACAGAUUCUCUCAAAACUUAGACUUUCCAACUACGACUUUGCUAUCGGAAACCUUAGCGAUGGUGCGGGCUACGCUAAGGCUGUGAGCGACAUGUGGGAGAAGAAACAGUUUAACGUCCUUGUGGAUACAAUUUACAAGUUUGAGGAGUUCCAAAAGGCUGUCGACAAGUUCCAAACUGGUUACGUCAAGGGUAAGCUUUUGGUUGAGUUUAAUUGA